AUCAAAACCCUAACCUUCCUCCUCUACACUGGUUAAGCCGACACAGAGAGUGAGAACUCAUAUCAACACCACAAAAAUGAAGUACAAUACACGAGUCUCCUCCUCCAGGCGCAAGAACAGGAAGGCCCAUUUCACGGCACCGUCGAGUGUCCGCCGUGUCUUGAUGAGCGCUCCCCUAUCCUCCGACCUCAGGACAAAGUACAAUGUUCGCUCUAUGCCGGUCCGCAAGGACGAUGAAGUACAGGUUAUCCGGGGCACAUACAAGGGUCGCGAGGGCAAGGUGGUUCAGGUUUAUAGAAAGAAGUGGGUCAUCCAUAUAGAACGGAUCACUCGUGAGAAGGUUAAUGGGUCCACAGUCAAUGUCGGCAUCCAUCCCUCUAAGGUAGUUAUCAGCAAACUCCGCCUCGACAAGGACCGUAAGUCUCUUCUUGAGCGCAAAGCCAAGGGCCGAGCCGCUGCUGACAAGGAUAAGGGCGCCAAGUUCACCGCCGAGGACAUCAUGCAGACCGUAGAUUAAUUAAUUUAAUCUUCGGUUUUAUUGGUAUUUUUACUCGAUUUUUACAGUUGGGUUUAAUUAAUGCAUGUCAAGGAGAGGAAUUGGGUGAAGCUACUUCGUUUUUGGCUAAAUUUUCGUACUAGGCGAUCUCGGAUUUUGAUUAUGCUUUCUUCUUUUUUCAGAUGUUUUAAUGAAAUGCUUAUAGCUAUGGAUAUUAAAUUUUGGGCUAUGAAUUUUUACUCUCAUUGAAUCAUCUUU